ACCCAAAUAAGAACAUAUUUUACAACAAUAAUAAUACUAAGCAUCGGACACGCAUUCAGAGCUUCAACUUUCCAGCGAAGAAGCUCCAAUGGCUACUGUGGCCAACAUAUCAGUGACCAGGGUCUUCCAUUCCCCCUGUUCCUGCGCUUCUUCGACGUUGCGUUCCUCACUUUUGCCAUCUUGGCCCUCCGCCAAUUUGGCGUGUGUUCCACUAAAUUUGUCCACAGUUACCAACUCCGGGAACUUUAAAAGGCCCCAAACAUUGCAGAAAUGGCGGAGAAGUGCGAAGUACGUGAGGUUUGAGGUAACUCCAACGAAGCAAACAGAGCCAGACGAAAAUGACUCUUCUUCUAGUGAAGUGUCCGACGAGAGUGUCUUGCCAACUAAUCUGGAGGGAGCAGUUUUACAGUCAAGUCAGUCAAGUGCUAAAUUCAUUUCAGCAGGUGGCAUGAGAGCUAUAGUAGAAUUAUUGCUUCCAGAAUUAGAAUUUCUGAAUGAUGAAGGUGCUCAAGAGGAUCUAUGGCAAUUGGCAAAGCUUUACUUGGAGUCAUUAAGGAAGGAGACAGGAGAUCAGCGAUUGAAAGCCAUUUUUCCAGAUGCUGGGGCUGCUGCUCUUCUAAAGCAUUGGUGGAAAGAUGCAAACUUCAGCUUUGCCAGCCUAAAUGAUAGGAAACCAGUUGCAGAUGAGGAUGAAAUUAUUGUCAUGAUUGCUCCUGAUUACCAAAUGCUACAGAGUGUUGAACGGAUUGCAUCUUUAUUGUCUGACAACUCGCCAAGACCACUUGUUAUGUGGAACCCUCGCCUAUUUAGUGGAGAUGUUGGAAUUGGUCUUAAUGUGAGACGCCUACGAGAGACAUUUUUGAGCACUUUCACUGUGGUUUACUCAAUGAGACCCUUUCCAUCUGGUGCAGUUUUUAGGUGCUAUCCUGGACUGUGGCAUGUAUUUCUGGAUGACGAGGAAAGACCAGGUCAUUUUAUUUUGGCUAAAGAACAAGCAAGGCGCCCUAAUUCUGAUGAUCUUGAUAUAAUCUUCUUAGGAGGGGAAGCUGAUGAUCCAGAGGAAAAGCCGUCUUUCUUUUCAGAGGCAGUAAAUAUGUUUAGUUCUUUUAAUCGUUUCAUGAGGUCACUCUCAAAAUGAUCAAUUUAACCCCUAAACACAAAAAAGAAAUAGCAUAUAAGCGACAAACAGACAUAUGGUCUUUCAGGAACAUUUACAAUAUAGCAAAUUUAAAUUAUUCAUUUGUUUACCAUAUUUAAUGAGAACAUGUUUAUUGUGAAAUCGUUGUCCUUGUAAGUCUUGCAAAAUAUUGCAACAUGGAAUGAAGUCAUAGAAAGGGACAUUUCAAGUCUCAAAAUUUUAGAUGAAAGAGUAAUUGUUUCAAUAUCGACAUCAAAUGAAGUAUAAGGUCUCUUGUAUAUGUUGACAAUUUCAAUGAGAUAAACGCACAUUUGUCAUUA